AUGGGUAAAGGCAACAAAGAAAAUGCUGCCCAACCAAUAACAGAUGAAGAGAUUGACAGGCUUUAUGAUACCGGCCAACUAGGUCUUUCUUCACCACAGUCAAUCAUCAACACUUUGUGGUUAACAUUUACCAUACAUUUCGGCAUGAGAAGUGUAGAAGAACACUAUCACUUAUGUUGGGGCGACGUACAAGUAAAGAUCGAUGCGGAGGGCACUGAGUUUCUGGAACUUACAGAGCGCCAGACUAAAACACGCACUGGAGACAGCGGUGGUUCUAGGAAGGUUCCUCCACGUAUGUGGUCUAGUGGAGAUGAGCGGGAUCCGGUAUCUGCCUACAGAUACUAUGCGGCAAAGCGUCCACAUAGAUUCAGUCGGGAUUCGGACCCAUUUUAUUUGGCACCAAGAACAACCCCACCUACAGAAUUUGACCAAUGGUUUUUAAAACAGCGGGUUGGAAUAAAAAAAAUUGGCACACUUAUGAAAACAAUGACUGUAAAAUCAGGCAUAACACGGCACCUUACCAACCAUUCUGCCAGAAAACACACUAUACAAAAGCUCAUGGAUUCGGACCAGGCACCUACUGAUAUUAUGCAGAUCACUGGGCAUGAAUGUGUACAAAGCAUAAUCAAUUACAGCAAUAUGUCUUUGAAAAAGCAAAAAACUUGCUCUAAUAUCUUAAGCAGAUCUGCCACUUCAUUGAGAUCAAUUAAUACAAAUAAAUCUGCAACAUGUACAAAUGCUUUUUACCUUGACAAUAGCACUUCUGUCCCAAUGCAGUCUCCGCUGCCUGUUUUGCCAUCUACACAAAUCGAACCUCCUGUCUCUGCUCCAAACACUCAGUCUCAGGUAGUCAAUGUUCCAACUGUUAAUUACCCCACCCAUUUCACUCAGGCUGGAAAUGCUCCAGGUCAUGUGCAGUCAAUGUUUUUUGGUGCUACUGUCCAUAUACAGAAUUUUAAUAUGUACAGCAUGCCUCCAAGGAACGAUCAAGACAGUAGCAGUCGUAAUUGA